AUUCAACGUCGAGAUUGGGUUUAAAAUGCCAUGAAAAGCGGUUGCCAUCUAUAAAUAUCACUGUCAGCGAUUUAGUAGUCAGCAGAGCUAAGGGGUCAUCCGUCCCCGCACUAACCACCGCGCACGCUGCCUCAAGGGUAUAAAAGGGGGUUAUCGCUCACUACGUUACCUAGAAUCUAGCAGGAUAUUGACUUGAUGUAUAUUUGCUAGAUUCCAGUACAAGAACGUUAAGCAGUUUAUCUGUGAUUUCAACUACCUAUCCACGUAUUCGGCGUGUCAAGCAUGGCCAAAGACAACAUAAACCACACCACGUAUUGUCCAGUAUGCACCGCACUAACCAAGCCACCCGCAUCCUGCACCACCACGGCUCUCCGUGAAUCCUCCGAAGGCGGUUGUGCCACCUGCACGCUCCUCUGGGACGCGCUAUCCGCAAAGCUUGAUCUGCAGAAGCCCGGGAUAGAGCGCGUCGAGUCCAUCGGCGGCUACGAGUUCUUCAGCCUUACGGCGGGCUCGGCGCAGCGACGGUUCACGGGGGGCUCGCUCUGGGAUUAUAUCUCGGUUACGCUCGCGGUCGAUGGAGGAACUCAUCCGGAGAUAUUGGAUUGGUUGCCGAGAUUGGACAAGCCGUCGCUUGAUAGGACGAAGGAGAGCGAUGUCAAGUGGAUCAGAGAUCGCCUGGAAGACUGUCGACAGAACCACGCCCAAUGCCCUGAUUUCGGCGAAAAACAACUGCCAACCCGCGUCAUCGACGUCGGGCUCAGCGGGCAAGAGCCCUUCCUGCACAUUUCCUCCAACGGUGAAAAGGGCCGGUAUCUAGCGCUGAGCCACCGCUGGGGCGACCCCAGCUCAUCUCACAAGAAGCUCUUGACUCUUACGCGGAACAUAGCAUCCCGCCGCCAGGGCAUCCCCCUGGCCGCGUUUCCCAAGACGUUCCGCGAAGCCAUCGAGGUUGCACGGGGGCUGGGGAUCCAGCACAUGUGGAUCGACUCCCUGUGCAUCGUGCAGGACGACAAGGCGGACUGGGCGGUGGAGGCGGGGCGCAUGGCGAGCGUGUACGCCGACGCGUUCGCGACGCUGUUCGCGGACCGCGCUGCGCACAGUGACGAUGGGCUGUUCCAGAGCGAGGGGGACCGGGAGACGCCACAACAGCGCUCGGUGCGGGUUCUACACCACCACCAUCACCACCACCACCACGACAACAAGGACUCCGGCGAUGCUGCCACAAAGGUCUUCGUACAGACACAAACCGACGCCAACACCGCCUCCUUCGCCACCUCCCCCGUCGAGCUCUUCUGCCAGUCCUCCCAGCGCACCAGCCAGCUCGCGUGCCGCGGGUGGAUCCUGCAAGAAGAGUGUCUCUCCCGCCGCAAAGUCCUCUUCACCUCCACGGAGCUGCUGUGGGAGUGUCCCGCAACCUCCAUCUGCGACUGCGGGCUCCGCGUGCCCCCCAGCAUGGAGGACCCGAGCCUCAACUUCGGCAUCCUGGUAGCGGACCCGGGGUCGGAGAAGGCGCGGAGCCAGCGGUGGAAGACGCCGGCGUGGCUGUGGAUGCAGAUCGUGGAGCACUACACGGCGAGGGACUUGACGUUCGAGGCGGACCGGCUUAUUGCGCUGGCGGGGAUGGUGAGCUUGGUCCCGUCGGGGCGCGCAGAUGGGGGUGCGUAUCUGGGCGGCGUGUGGCGCGAGCAGUUGGAUAACCACGUCCUCUGGCGCGCCGUGUCGUCCAAAAAGGAGGGCAAGAGCCGCAGGACGGGGGUGUACGUCGCGCCGUCAUGGUCGUGGGCUUCUAUCUCCGGCCGAAUCAAGUUCGUCCCGCUGUCCACCGGAACAAGGUUCGUCUGGCAGGUGCUCGACGCCGUGUGUGUACCCAAGGCACAGGGGAGCAACGGCGGUUUUGGACAGGUGGCUUCUGGUUAUCUGCGGGUUAAGAGCCAAGCUAUGCGGGUUAAGCUGGAGGAGCGGCCGCAGAACAUGCGCAAGGAGAUCGCGCAGGAGCACUGGGAUAACGGGGACACGACGUGGCGGGUUCGCGGCGAGGGGGUGCGGUUCCUGACGGUGGUGCCUGCGCAGACCAUUCCAGGUGUUGCUCUCCCGCUUGACACUAUCCUGGAGCUCGACGUCCAGAGCGACUGGGACGAGCCGGCGCUCCGCUGUGGCCCGUCAUCGUCGGAUUUGCGGCUUCUGUGCGUCGCGCUGGUGGACACGUUUUGGGAGGGCGUCGCGGCGGAGAGGGCGAUUUGUCUGCUACUUAGACGCUCGGCGAAGAAGGGGGAUUGUUGGGAGAGGGUGUGCUAUACUUUUCUCAAGGGGACUUGGAAGUCGUGGGAGCCUUAUGUCUUCGAUGAAGAGGUUGCUAUAGUAUAGACGGUCGGGGAUUGCAAUGAGUCUCGGUUCAUGCCUACCAAUAGGUGUGAUUAAAGUGAGGCAAUCAUCUUCGUGGUUAAAUUUCCUCGUAGGUACAUACAUGUAGUUAAAUAUACACUAGUCUCACGUCAUCUUAC